AUGUCAACUCCACCUUUAAUUCCUCUACCUGUCUAUCAAAAUGGUUUAUCUGUUGAUAGUGUCUUGAAAAAACUACCUUAUAACCCAUAUUCCUCCCCAAUUGCUAAUGUCAUUGCCUUGCCUAACACCAAAAUCGAUGGCUAUUCUCCAAUCUUACGAAACGAAAUCUCAAAAGAUCGUUUGCAUUCCAUUUUUCACCCUCAAAUCACUACGUUAUUCGAUAAUUUCAACUACAAUUUGAAAAAAUACUCAAAGAAAAACCUACUAGCUCAUAAAGCAUACAACUUUAACAAAAAAAGAUUCAACAACUAUUACUCUUUCUUGACUUUUAAACAGGUCGACGAGCUAAGAUCCUAUAUAGGUUCGGCUUUAUUGUAUUUGUUUAACGACAUUCAUAACAACAAUUUCAACAACAUUAACAAAAAUACCAACACCAUCAACAGUGCCCUUCUUAAUCCAAACUCAAACAAUAUUAAAAACAACUUCAUUCUAACCAUCUUGGCUCCAAACUGCUAUCAAUGGUUUCUAGUCGAUUUCGCUUGCCAUGCUUAUUCCAUCAUCAAUGCUCCUCUUUACUACAAUUCAAACAACGAAAGUAUAGAAAAAAUCUUGGAGAUAACUCAGUCUCCAAUCCUCAUUUUAACAAGAGAUAAAAUCUUGAAAGUGCUCAACUUGAAAAAAAAUGGUAAACUCGAUUCCCUAAAGAUUCUAAUUUCAAUUGACCCUUUAUCAAUGGAUUUCGACUCAAAUUUGUUUAACACUUCUUAUAACGCAAAUUGUUUACUAUACGAUUUCCAUUCUCUAAUUGAAAUCGGUAAACUAAACUACUAUCCAUUUAUAGCUCCAACUCCAAACGACGUUUACACCAUUUCCUUCACCUCUGGAACCACUACCAACUCCUCAAAUGUAUUAAAGGGCGUUCAAUUGUCCCAUGCAAACGCCAUUGCUUCUUUGACUUCAAUGUGUGCUACGGUUUUGAAACCAAAAUCUUCCUACUUGAGAUCUCUCUGUUUUCUACCUUUGGCUCAUAUUUACUCGAGAAACUGUUUGAAUUAUGAAAUCUUAAUUGGCUCGACUAUUUAUUUCCCCGAAGAUUCUGACAAUCAUAAGAAGAUCUUCAGGGACAUAAAAUUGAUAAAGCCCACUCAUUUCAUAACAAUUCCAAGGGUGUUAACUCAACUUGAAUUGAUCUUGAAAAAUAAAUUAAAUGACAAGUUUUGCUUUUCAAGAGGUUCAAAUAACAAGAUUUCAGGAUUACGAAAAGAGGAUUACAAUUCAAAUAAAAACUCUAGUUUUAUUUAUGACAAGAUAUUGUUCAAUAGAAUCAAGAAAAAGCUAGGAUUUGAGAAAACUGAAAUCAUUGUCGUUGGUGGUAACUCAAUUCCAAGAGAAAACAUUGAAUUUUUGUCUGCUUUGUUUAAUAUUGGUUUUAUUCAAGGCUAUGGGUUAACUGAGACCCAUUCUAUUGUUUCUCAGUCUUUUAUUAACCACAAACCAUCUUUUGGUACAACAGGACCAAUCGGCCCAUGCAUUGAAGUGAGAUUGAAAAACAUUCCAAGCUUAGAUUACACUUGGAAUAAAAACAAAUCUGGAGAAAUACUAGUUCGAGGACCAAUUGUGUUUCAAAGGUAUUUUAGAAACGAGGAAUUGAAUACUCAGCAUUUUGAUAAAGAUGGAUGGUUUAAAACCGGAGAUAUUGGGUAUAUUGACGAUGACAAUAAUUUGAAUAUUGUUGAUAGAGUCAAGAAUGUUUUGGUUUUGUCCAAUGGGAAAUGCAUUUCGAUUGAUAAAGUUGAAAAUACGUAUUUCAACUGCAAUUCAGUGAUUAAUCAAAUUUACUGUUUUGGGAACGAUAAGAAGAACUAUUUGGUUGCGAUUAUUGGGUUGGAUGCGAAUUACAUUAUCAAUUUCAAGUAUAAAAAAAUUGAGAGAAAAGAGCAAUUGAAGGAGUUGAAAUAUCGAAUCAAUAAUAAUCUAGAGGUUAAAAAGUUGAUUCUACGCGAUUUUAAUUACAAUAUUGAAAGAGUUGGAUUGCAAAACUAUGAAAAGAUUCAUAAUGUUUAUUUUGAAUUUGAACCAUUUUCAGUUAUUGAUAAUACCAUUACACCCACAUUGAAAACUGUUAGAGAGAGAUCGUUCUAUAAAUUUAAAUACGAAAUUGAGGAAAUGUACAAUGAAGGGAAAUUAUUUAUCAAGACCAAUUUAUAGAAGAAUUGAAUUGAAUUGAAUUGAAUUGAAUGUAAUUUAAUUUAAUUUAAUUGAAGCAAGUUUGGU